GUUGACGCCACGGUGACAGAAGCCGCCCGGCAUAGGAAGAAAGACAGACCGACCGGCGGGCUGGAGAGAGAGAGAGAGAGAGAGAGAGAGAGCCGAUGAGAUGAGAGGAAUCGGAGGGCCGUUGCUAUGCAUAGGGGACCUGCUGAGCGAUGUCGGAGAAGACAACGUCCCUCCUGCGAAUGAGUCCAUUUCGCCUCCUUCACUGUCACCUUCAUCUUCAUUCGCUUGCGAUUCCAAGACCACCGGCCUCCAACCGCUCGACCUCCCCAAGCUCUUCGCGGAAAACUAUGACCAAUUAAACGAGGCACUUGCUCGCGGAGACCACUCAUGGACAGCUCUCACCUUAAAGCUAUGCAGUUCUCUUGAAAUGGCUAAUGCAUUGGUACAAUCGACCAACUCAAACACUCGACUGCUGCUGCAGAAAGUUGGAGAGCUCGAGAAAAUAAUUCGGAGGGGAGACUCUGCUGUGGCAGCAGCAAAAGCCAUCCACCGCAUGAGUGCUGAGGAUAGCCCUUCUGGACGUCAAUCGUAGUCAAAUUUCUCCUUGGAGCAAAUCUUCAAAACAGUUCAUUUAAUCUCCAGCGCAAACUGUACCAUCUGCAGCAUCAUCGGGUUCGUGGUGAGUCUAAUUACCUCUAACCUCUAGGCCCUGAGAGUGCCAGCUUCACCAGGUGUAGCUGAUGAGGCUGCUGAUGUUCUUCCAUUGACGACGAAUUAUGGAUCUUUGAUCGAUGAAAACAAAGAAGAAGACAAGAUGAAAAAUGAGUUGAUGAUAAGUUGAAUGGGCAGUUAUAGCCCGUUUGAUUUUACAAUUCUUUUUUGGCUCUCUUCCACUUAACUUCAUUUAUUUUUAAUUCAACAAUACAAUUAUUACUUUUUUUUUAAUUUGUUAA